GCAACGCUCUAGAAACGAAAGUCAUUGUCGUCCCAGCAAAUCGAGCCCGGUUCGGAGAUUUCCCGAUUAAACGGACCAAAGAGAAGUGUCCAACGCUUGCAAACCAUUUCCCAGCUAAGCAGAACAGCGGCAGCAGCAUGGAUCGUUUGUUGCGACUUGGUGGAGCGAUGCCCGGGCUGAGUCAAGCUCCGCCGCCCUCGGAUGCACCCGUGGUGGACACGGCCGAACAGGUCUAUAUUUCUUCGCUGGCCUUGUUGAAAAUGCUGAAACACGGUCGCGCCGGUGUGCCCAUGGAAGUGAUGGGUUUGAUGUUGGGUGAGUUCGUGGACGAUUACACCGUGCAGGUGAUUGACGUGUUUGCGAUGCCACAGACGGGAACGGGAGUGUCUGUGGAGGCGGUCGAUCCCGUCUUCCAGGCCAAGAUGUUGGAUAUGUUGAAACAAACGGGUCGCCCGGAGAUGGUUGUCGGUUGGUAUCACUCGCAUCCUGGCUUUGGCUGCUGGCUGUCGGGUGUCGAUAUAAACACCCAGCAGUCGUUCGAGGCGCUGUCCGAGCGAGCAGUCGCCGUUGUAGUGGAUCCGAUUCAGUCGGUUAAGGGCAAAGUCGUGAUCGAUGCGUUCCGACUGAUCAACCACAACAUGCUGGUGCUAGGACAAGAGCCCCGGCAAACGACCUCCAAUCUGGGUCACCUGCAGAAACCAUCGGUGCAGGCACUGAUUCACGGACUGAACCGAAAUUACUACUCGAUCAGCAUUAAUUACCGAAAGAACGAACUGGAGCAAAAGAUGUUGCUUAACCUGCACAAAAAAUCAUGGAUGGAUGGGCUAACGUUGGCCAACUAUGAGGAACACUGCAGUAUCAACGAGAGCACCAUCAGUGAAAUGCUUGAACUGGCGAAGAACUACAACAAGGCUCUCGAAGAUGAAGAAAAGAUGACUCCUGAACAGCUGGCCAUCAAGAAUGUGGGAAAGCAGGAUCCGAAGCGUCACCUGGAGGAGAAGGUCGACACACUCAUGUCGAACAACAUCGUGCAGUGUCUCGGGGCAAUGUUAGAUACGAUCGUCUUCAAGUAACGACCGAGCCGGGCGGUAGGUGGCAUUUUUGGAUUGCAGCACGCCAGGUGCAUCUCAAUCGUGUUUUCUGUUCCGAUUCAUCCUUUUCCUUUCAAGUGUUGUGUACUUGAGCUGCGACAUGAUACUGUAAUUAAAGAGAUCUUCGUGUCUUGGAAGAAUUUAAUAUCAUA